GGCAGGAGACGCACGGUCACCCCCCGGGCAUCCGGCAACAAACAGGACGCCGGUCGGCGCUUCUUUCGUAACAUCGGCCUGAACGACAAUGGGCAUCUCUUCGUCCUGUGUCGGCCGCUGUCGUCGAGGACCGACGCUGGUCAGCGACAUGACUUGCGCCGGGCAGGCGCUCGCCGGAGGGCCUCGCGCGGGAGUCGGACGCUUGUUCGGCGCAGCCUUCGGCCCCCGCAGAUGUCUCCGCGCGGACACGGUGAGACGCGGAUCCAGCGGGCUGCCGGUGGUCCACCACAGCCGGUACGCGUGCGACCUCCCACCCAACCACAGGUUUCCAAUGGGCAAGUUCCCGCGGGUUUUACGCUCUUUAAUCGGAGACCAGGUCGUUACGGAGAAACAGGUGUUGGUCCCUGAAAUUGCCUCCAAAGAUUUACUGAGCUCUGUGCACACCGAGGAAUACUUGAACAACUUCAUAAACGGGAAAACAAAUGAGCAGGAACAAAGGAGAACGGGUUUCUCCUGGAGCGAGGGCAUAGUGAGCCGCUGUCGCUAUGAAACAGGUGGGACCGUUCUGGCGGCCGAAGUGGCCCUGCAGAGGGGUCUGGCCUGCAGUACAGCAGGAGGAACCCAUCACGCGUUUCCAAGCUACGGUUCAGGGUUUUGUCUCCUCAACGACUUAGCAGUUGCAGCCAAAUACCUGAUGGGCGGCUCUUCGCCCCAGAGGAAGGUUCUGAUUGUGGAUCUGGAUGUGCAUCAGGGUGACGGCACAGCUUUCAUAUUCAAAGAUGAGCCGCGUGUGUUUACGUUCUCGGUGCACUGUGGGAAAAACUUCCCCCUCCGUAAACAACAGAGUGACCUCGAUAUCAGCGUGGAGGAGGGACUGGAAGACAAGGAGUACCUCUCCAUAGUGGAAACCCACCUUCCCUGGCUUCUUGAGACUUUUCGUCCAGACCUGGUCCUGUAUGAUGCAGGCGUCGACCCUCAUUGGGAAGACGAACUCGGGAGGCUUCGUCUGACCGACCGAGGGCUGUAUCAGAGAGAUCUGUACGUGAUGAAGUCUGUGGUGAGCAGGGGCGUUCCUGUCGCUGCUGUUAUCGGAGGAGGAUACUCAAGAGACAUCGACAAAUUGGCCCUACGACACUCCAUUGUCCACAGAGCAGCGACUCAGGUUUGGAGGGAGUGUGGUAUGUAAAACCUUCAUCCCCUCCAACAAGAGGACCCUCAAAGCUUAACCGAUACCUCAUCUUCAGGAGCCAAUGACAAUAUUAAUGUGUGUUAUGAACCACUACUUGUUUUAUGUACUUUAUAUUCUGUAAAUGAAACAGCAUUAAGCUUUUUAUCAAGAAUUAUGAAAAAGAUAUUGGAGACGAUGGGAAACUGGGGAAAAUGACGGAGCUGACCAACAUGGUGUAUGUGCUAAUUUAGUAUAAUCGUCCCUCCAAUAUAUCAAGUGAGCUCUAAUCGGGUUUUUUGGAGAGUUGGUGAUCACGGUCAUGCCAGUGACUUUCUGGUAUGUUGGCUGAAGAGUGAUUUUUAAAGACGUUCAACUUGCUGUGUACCUCCCCUUCAAGGUACUGUAUCGUUACUUCUGUGGUAGUAACUGUCUCUAUAACUAUUAAAUAUUCUG